AUGAUGGCCCUGACCCCUGACCCCGCUGCUUCUACUAUCACUUACUAUCACUCAGAGCGCCGUGUGGGAGCUGCUCGGCCCGAACCGGACGCUCUGUCUGUGGUGCUGUCUGUGGCGCUGUCUGUGGCUCUGUCUGUGGCGCUGUCUGUGGCUCUGUGUGUGGCGCUGUCUGUGGCGCUGUCUGUGGCGCUGUCUGUGGCUCUGUCUGUGGCUCUGUCUGUGGCUCUGUGUGUGGCGCUGUCUGUGGCGCUGUCUGUGGCGCUGUCUGUGGCUCUGUCUGUGGCGCUGUCUGUGGCUCUGUGUGUGGCGCUGUCUGUGGCGCUGUCUGUGGCGCUGUCUGUGGCGCUGUCUGUGGCUCUGUGUGUGGCGCUGUCUGUGGCAUUGUCUGUGGCUCUGUCUGUGGCGCUGUCUGUGGCUCUGUCUGUGGCGCUGUCUGUGACUCUGUGUGUGGCGCUGUCUGUGGCUCUGUCUGUGGCGCUGUCUGUGGCUCUGUCUGUGGCAUUGUCUGUGGCUCUGUCUGUGGCGCUGUCUGUGGCUCUGUCUGUGGAACUGUCUGUGGCUCUGUCUGUGGCGCUGUCUGUGGUGCUGUCUGUGGCGCUGUCUGUGGCUCUGUCUGUGGCGCUGUCUGUGGCUCUGUCUGUGGCGCUGUCUGUGGCGCUGUCUGUGACUCUGUGUGUGGUGCUGUCUGUGGCGCUGUCUGUGACUCUGUGUGUGGCGCUGUCUGUGGCGCUGUCUGUGACUCUGUGUGUGGUGCUGUCUGUGGCGCUGUCUGUGACUCUGUGUGUGGUGCUGUCUGUGGCUCUGUCUGUGGCGCUGUCUGUGGUGCUGUCUGUGGCUCUGUGUGUGGCUCUUUGUGUGGCGCUGUCUGUGGCUCUGUGUGUGGCGCUGUCUGUGGCGCUGUCUGUGGCAUUGUCUGUGGCUCUGUCUGUGGCGCUGUCUGUGGCUCUGUCUGUGGAGCUGUCUGUGGCUCUGUCUGUGGCGCUGUCUGUGGUGCUGUCUGUGGCGCUGUCUGUGGCUCUGUCUGUGGCGCUGUCUGUGGCUCUGUCUGUGACUCUGUGUGUGGCGCUGUCUGUGGCUCUGUCUGUGGCGCUGUCUGUGGCUCUGUCUGUGGCAUUGUCUGUGGCUCUGUCUGUGGCGCUGUCUGUGGCUCUGUCUGUGGAACUGUCUGUGGCUCUGUCUGUGGCGCUGUCUGUGGCGCUGUCUGUGACUCUGUGUGUGGCGCUGUCUGUGGCUCUGUCUGUGGCGCUGUCUGUGGCUCUGUCUGUGGCAUUGUCUGUGGCUCUGUCUGUGGCGCUGUCUGUGGCUCUGUCUGUGGAACUGUCUGUGGCUCUGUCUGUGGCGCUGUCUGUGGUGCUGUCUGUGGCGCUGUCUGUGGCUCUGUCUGUGGCGCUGUCUGUGGCGCUGUCUGUGGCGCUGUCUGUGGCGCUGUCUGUGACUCUGUGUGUGGUGCUGUCUGUGGCGCUGUCUGUGACUCUGUGUGUGGUGCUGUCUGUGGCGCUGUCUGUGACUCUGUGUGUGGUGCUGUCUGUGGCGCUGUCUGUGACUCUGUGUGUGGUGCUGUCUGUGGCGCUGUCUGUGGUGCUGUCUGUGGCUCUGUGUGUGGCUCUUUGUGUGGCGCUGUCUGUGGCUCUGUGUGUGGCGCUGUCUGUGGCUCUGUCUGUGGCGCUGUCUGUGGCUCUGUCUGUGGCGCUGUCUGUGGCGCUGUCUGUGGCGCUGUCUGUGGCGCUGUCUGUGACUCUGUGUGUGGUGCUGUCUGUGGCGCUGUCUGUGACUCUGUGUGUGGUGCUGUCUUUGGCUCUGUCUGCCUCAGCUUUAAACGAAAUGUGUGCUUCAUGCGUGUGGUCGUGCGUGUGGUCGUGCGUGUGGUCGUGCGUGUGGUCGUGCGUGUGGUUGUGCGUGUGGUCGUGCGUGUGGUUGUGCGUGUGGUUGUGCGUGUGGUUGUGCGUGUGGUUGUGCGUGUGGUCGUGCGUGUGGUUGUGCGUGUGGUCGUGUGGUUGUGCGUGCGGUCGUGCGUGUGGUUGUGCGUGUGGUUGUGCGUGUGGUCGUGUGGUUGUGCGUGCGGUCGUGCGUGUGGUCGUGCGUGUGGUCGUGCGUGUGGUUGUGCGUGUGGUCGUGUGGUUGUGCGUGUGGUUGUGCGUGUGGUCGUGCGUGUGGUCGUGCGUGUGGUCGUGUGGUCGUGCGUGUGGUCGGUCGUGUGGUCGUGCGUGUGGUCGUGUGGUUGUGCGUGUGGUUGUGCGUGUGGUCGUGCGUGUGGUCGUGCGUGUGGUUGUGCGUGUGGUCGUGUGGUUGUGCGUGCGGUCGUGCGUGUGGUUGUGCGUGUGGUUGUGCGUGUGGUCGUGUGGUUGUGCGUGCGGUCGGUCGUGUGGUCGUGUGUGUGGUUGUGCGUGUGGUUGUGUGGUUGUGCGUGUGGUUGUGCGUGUGGUCGUGCGUGUGGUCGUGCGUGUGGUCGUGUGGUUGUGCGUGUGGUUGUGCGUGUGGUCGUGCGUGCGGUCGUGCGUGUGGUCGUGUGGUUGUGCGUGUGGUUGUGCGUGUGGUUGUGCGUGUGGUUGUGCGUGUGGUCGUGCGUGUGGUCGUGCGUGUGGUCGUGUGGUCGUGCGUGUGGUUGUGCGUGUGGUCGUGCGUGUGGUCGUGCGUGUGGUCGUGCGUGUGGUCGUGCGUGUGGUCGUGUGUGUGGUUGUGCGUGUGGUCGUGUGUGUGGUUGUGCGUGUGGUCGUGCGUGUGGUUGUGCGUGCGGUCGUGCGUGUGGUCGUGCGUGUGGUCGUGUGUGUGGUUGUGCGUGUGGUCGUGUGGUUGUGCGUGUGGUUGUGCGUGUGGUCGUGCGUGUGGUUGUGCGUGUGGUCGUGUGGUUGUGCGUGUGGUUGUGCGUGUGGUUGUGCGUGUGGUCGUGUGUGUGGUCGUGCGUGUGGUUGUGUGGUUGUGCGUGUGGUUGUGUGGUCGUGCGUGUGGUCGGUCGUGUGGUCGUGCGUGUGGUCGUGUGUGGUUGUGCGUGUGGUCGUGCGUGUGGUUGUGUGGUUGUGCGUGUGGUUGUGCGUGUGGUCGUGCGUGCGGUUGUGCGUGUGGUUGUGCGUGUGGUCGUGCGUGUGGUUGUGCGUGUGGUCGUGCGUGUGGUCGUGCGUGUGGUCGUGCGUGUGGUUGUGCGUGUGGUCGUGUGGUUGUGCGUGCGGUCGUGCGUGUGGUUGUGCGUGUGGUUGUGCGUGUGGUCGUGCGUGUGGUUGUGCGUGUGGUCGUGCGUGUGGUCGUGUGGUUGUGCGUGUGGUUGUGCGUGUGGUCGUGUGGUUGUGCGUGCGGUUGUGCGUGUGGUCGUGUGGUUGUGCGUGUGGUUGUGCGUGUGGUCGUGCGUGUGGUUGUGCGUGUGGUCGUGCGUGUGGUUGUGCGUGUGGUUGUGCGUGUGGUUGUGCGUGUGGUCGUGCGUGUGGUCGUGCGGUCGUGCGUGUGGUCGUGCGUGUGGUUGUGCGUGUGGUCGUGCGUGUGGUCGUGUGGUUGUGCGUGCGGUCGUGCGUGUGGUUGUGCGUGUGGUUGUGCGUGCGGUUGUGCGUGUGGUCGUGUGGUUGUGCGUGUGGUUGUGCGUGUGGUAGUGCGUGUGGUCGUGCGUGUGGUCGUGUGGUUGUGCGUGUGGUCGUGUGGUUGUGCGUGCGGUCGUGCGUGUGGUUGUGCGUGUGGUCGUGUGGUUGUGCGUGUGGUCGUGCGUGUGGUCGUGUGGUUGUGCGUGCGGUCGUGCGUGUGGUUGUGCGUGUGGUCGUGCGUGUGGUCGUGUGGUUGUGCGUGCGGUCGUGCGUGUGGUUGUGCGUGUGGUCGUGUGGUUGUGCGUGCGGUUGUGCGUGUGGUCGUGUGGUUGUGCGUGUGGUUGUGCGUGCGGUUGUGCGUGUGGUCGUGUGGUUGUGCGUGUGGUCGUGUGGUUGUGCGUGUGGUCGUGUGGUUGUGCGUGUGGUCGUGCGUGUGGUCGGUCGUGUGGUUGUGUGGUUGUGCGUGUGGUUGUGCGUGUGUGCGUGUGGUCGUGCGUGUGGUGUGCGUGUGGUGCGUGUGGUUGUGCGUGUGGUCGUGCGUGGGUCGUGUGGUUGUGCGUGUGUGUGUGGUGUGCGUGUGGUUGUGCGUGUGGUCGUGCGUGUGGUGCGUGUGUCGUGUGUGUGGUCGUGCGUGUGGUUGUGCGUGUGGUCGUGGUGUGCGUGUGGUCGUGCGUGUGGUCGUGUGGUGUGCGUGUGGUUGUGCGUGUGUGUGGUCGUGUCGUGCGUGUGGGUGCGUGUGGUCGUGUGGUCGUGCGUGUGGUCGUGCGUGUGGUCGUGCGUGUGGUCGUGUGGUUGUGCGUGUGGUCGUGCGUGUGGGUGUGGUGUGCGUGUGUUUGUGUGGUCGUGUGUCGUGUGGUCGGCGUGUGGUGUGCGUGUGGUCGUGUGGUCGUGCGUGUGUCGUGUGCGUGUGGUCGUGCGUGUGGUUUGCGUGUGCGUGUCGUGUGGUUGUCGUGGUGUGGUCGUGCGUGUGCGUGUGGUUGUCGUGCGUGUGGGUCGUGUGUCGGGUGUCGUGUGGUCGUGCGUGUGGUGUGUGGUGUGGUCGUGCGUGUGGUCGUGCGUGUGGUGUGUGUCGUGCGUGUGGCGUGUGGUUGUGCGUGUGGUGUGCGUGUGGUUGUGCGUGUGGUUGUGCGUGUGGUCGUGCGUGUGGUUGUGCGUGUGGUCGUGUGGUUGUGCGUGUGCGGGUCGUGCGUGUGUGGUGUGUGCGUGUGGUCGUGCGUGUGGUUGCGUGUGGUCGUGCGUGUGGUCGUGCGUGUGGUGGUGUGCGUGCGGUCGUGUGGUCGUGCGUGUGGUUGUGCGUGUGGUCGUGCGUGUGGUUGUGCGUGCGGUUGUGCGUGUGGUCGUGUGGUCGUGUGGUUGUGCGUGUGUUGUGCGUGUGGUCGUGUGGGUCGUGCGUGUGGUCGUGUGGUCGUGUGCGUGUGGUCGUGCGUGUGGUUGUGCGUGUGGUUGUGCGUGUGGUCGUGCGUGUGGUCGUGCGUGUGGUGUGCGUGUGUGUGCGUGUGUGCGUGCGGUCGUGCGUGUGGUCGUGUGGUUGUGCGUGUGGUUGUGUGGUUGUGCGUGUGGUCGUGUGGUCGUGCGUGUGGUUGUGCGUGUGGUCGUGCGUGUGGUUGUGCGUGUGGUCGUGUGGUUGUGCGUGUGGUUGUGCGUGUGGUUGUGCGGUGUCGUGCGUGUGGUUGUGCGUGCGGUCGUGUGGUCGUGCGUGUGGUCGUGCGUGUGGUCGUGUGGUUGUGCGUGUGGUCGUGCGUGUGGUUGUGCGUGUGGUUGUGCGUGUGGUUGUGCGUGUGGUCGUGCGUGUGGUCGUGCGUGUGGUUGUGCGUGUGGUCGUGCGUGUGGUCGUGUGGUCGUGUGGUUGUGCGUGUGGUCGUGCGUGUGGUUGUGCGUGUGGUCGUGUGCGUGUGGUCGUGCGUGUGGUUGUGCGUGUGGUGCGUGCGUGUGGUUGUGCGUGUGGUCGUGCGUGUGGUUGUGCGUGUGGUCGUGCGUGUGGUCGUGCGUGUGGUUGUGCGUGCGUGUGGUCGUGCGUGUGGUCGUGCGUGUGGUUGUGCGUGGCGUGUGGUCGUGUGGUCGUGCGUGUGGUUGUGCGUGUGGUCGUGCGUGUGGUUGUGCGUGCGGUUGUGCGUGUGGUCGUGUGGUUGUGCGUGUGGUUGUGCGUGUGGUCGUGUGGUCGUGCGUGUGGUCGUGUGGUCGUGUGGUCGUGCGUGUGGUUGUGCGUGUGGUCGUGCGUGUGGUCGUGUGGUUGUGCGUGUGGUCGUGCGUGUGGUUGUGCGUGUGGUUGUGCGUGUGGUCGUGCGUGUGGUCGUGUGGUCGUGUGGUUGUGCGUGUGGUCGUGCGUGUGGUCGUGCGUGUGGUUGUGCGUGUGGUCGUGUGGUUGUGCGUGUGGUUGUGCGUGUGGUCGUGCGUGUGGUUGUGUGGUCGUGUGGUUGUGCGUGUGGUCGUGUGGUCGUGCGUGUGGUCGUGCGUGUGGUUGUGCGUGUGGUCGUGUGGUUGUGCGUGUGGUCGUGCGUGUGGUUGUGCGUGUGGUUGUGCGUGUGGUCGUGCGUGUGGUCGUGCGUGUGGUUGUGCGUGCGGUCGUGUGGUCGUGCGUGUGGUCGUGCGUGUGGUCGUGCGUGUGGUCGUGUGGUUGUGCGUGUGGUCGUGCGUGUGGUUGUGCGUGUGGUUGUGCGUGUGGUUGUGCGUGUGGUCGUGCGUGCGUGUGGUCGUGCGUGUGGUCGUGCGUGUGGGUGCGUGUGGUUGUGCGUGUGGUUGUGCGUGUGGUUGUGCGUGUGGUUGUGCGUGUGGUUGUGCGUGUGGUCGUGCUGUGUUGUGGUGUGGUCGUGUGGUUGUGCGUGUGGUCGUGCGUGUGGUUGUGCGUGUGGUCGUGCGUGUGUCGUGUGGUGUGCGUGUGGUCGUGCGUGUGGGUGCGUGUGCGGUCGUGCGUGUGGUCGUGCGUGGGUCGUGUGGUUGUGCGUGUGGUCGUGCGUGUGGUUGUGCGUGUGGUGUGUGUGUGGUCGUGUGGUUGUGCGUGUGGUCGUGCGUGUGGUCGUGCGUGUGGUCGGUCGUGCGUGUGGUUGUGCGUGUGGUCGUGUGGUUGUGCGUGCGGUCGUGCGUGUGGUCGUGCGUGUGGUCGUGUGGUUGUGCGUGCGGUUGUGCGUGUGGUCGGUCGUGUGGUCGUGUGGUUGUGCGUGUGGUCGUGUGGUUGUGCGUGUGGUCGUGCGUGUGGUCGUGUGGUUGUGCGUGUGGUCGUGCGUGUGGUCGUGUGGUCGUGCGUGCGGUCGUGGGCGUGUGGUUGUGUGGUCGUGUGGUUGUGCGUGUGGUUGUGCGUGUGGUCGUGCGUGUGGUUGUGCGUGUGGUCGUGCGUGUGGUCGUGCGUGUGGUCGUGCGUGUAGUUGUGCGUGUGGUUGUGCGUGUGGUCGUGCGUGUGGUUGUGCGUGUGGUCGUGUGGUUGUGCGUGUGGUCGUGCGUGUGGUCGUGCGUGUGGUCGUGUGGUUGUGCGUGUGGUCGUGUGGUUGUGCGUGUGGUCGUGUGGUUGUGCGUGUGGUCGGUCGUGUGGUCGUGUGGUUGUGCGUGUGGUCGUGUGGUUGUGCGUGUGGUCGUGCGUGUGGUCGUGUGGUUGUGCGUGUGGUGCGUGUGGUGUGCGUGUGGUCGUGUGGCGUGCGUGUGGUCGUGCGUGUGGUCGUGUGGUUGUGCGUGUGGUUGUGCGUGUGGUCGUGCGUGUGGUUGUGUGUGUGGUCGUGCGUGUGGUUGUGCGUGUGGUCGUGCGUGUGGUUGUGCGUGUGGUUGUGCGUGUGGUCGUGCGUGUGGUUGUGCGUGUGGUCGUGCGUGUGGUCGUGCGUGUGGUCGUGCGUGUGGUUGUGCGUGUGGUUGUGCGUGUGGUCGUGCGUGUGGUUGUGCGUGUGGUCGUGUGGUUGUGCGUGUGGUCGUGCGUGUGGUUGUGCGUGUGGUCGUGCGUGUGGUUGUGCGUGUGGUCGUGUGGUUGUGCGUGUGGUCGUGCGUGUGGUUGUGCGUGUGGUCGUGCGUGUGGUCGUGUGGUCGUGCGUGUGGUUGUGUGGUCGUGCGUGUGGUUGUGUGGUUGUGCGUGUGGUUGUGUGGUCGUGCGUGUGGUUGUGUGGUUGUGCGUGUGGUCGUGCGUGUGGUCGUGUGGUUGUGCGUCUGGUUGUGUGGUCGUGCGUGUGGUCGUGUGGUCGUGCGUGUGGUCGUGCGUGUGGUUGUGCGUGUGGUCGUGCGUGUGGUCGUGCGUGUGGUCGUGUGGUUGUGCGUGUGGUCGUGCGUGUGGUUGUGCGUGUGGUCGUGCGUGUGGUCGUGCGUGUGGUUGUGCGUGUGGUCGUGCGUGUGGUUGUGCGUGUGGUCGUGUGGUCGUGCGUGUGGUUGUGCGUGUGGUUGUGCGUGUGGUCGUGCGUGUGGUUGUGCGUGUGGUUGUGCGUGUGGUCGUGCGUGUGGUUGUGCGUGUGGUCGUGCGUGUGGUUGUGCGUGUGGUCGUGUGGUCGUGCGUGUGGUUGUGCGUGUGGUUGUGCGUGUGGUCGUGCGUGUGGUUGUGCGUGUGGUUGUGCGUGUGGUCGUGCGUGUGGUCGUGCGUGUGGUUGUGCGUGUGGUUGUGCGUGUGGUCGUGCGUGUGGUUGUGUGGUUGUGCGUGUGGUCGUGCGUGUGGUUGUGCGUGUGGUCGUGUGGUUGUGCGUGUGGUCGUGCGUGUGGUUGUGCGUGUGGUCGUGCGUGUGGUUGUGCGUGUGGUUGUGCGUGUGGUCGUGCGUGUGGUUGUGCGUGUGGUUGUGCGUGUGGUCGUGCGUGUGGUUGUGCGUGUGGUCGUGUGGUUGUGCGUGUGGUCGUGUGGUUGUGCGUGUGGUCGUGUGGUUGUGCGUGUGGUCGUGCGUGUGGUCGUGUGGUUGUGCGUGUGGUUGUGCGUGUGGUCGUGCGUGUGGUUGUGCGUGUGGUCGUGCGUGUGGUUGUGCGUGUGGUUGUGCGUGUGGUCGUGCGUGUGGUUGUGCGUGUGGUUGUGCGUGUGGUCGUGCGUGUGGUCGUGCGUGUGGUUGUGCGUGUGGUCGUGUGGUUGUGCGUGUGGUCGUGCGUGUGGUUGUGCGUGUGGUCGUGCGUGUGGUUGUGCGUGUGGUUGUGCGUGUGGUCGUGCGUGUGGUUGUGCGUGUGGUUGUGCGUGUGGUUGUGCGUGUGGUCGUGCGUGUGGUCGUGUGGUCGUGCGUGUGGUUGUGCGUGUGGUCGUGUGGUUGUGCGUGUGGUCGUGUGGUUGUGCGUGUGGUCGUGUGGUUGUGCGUGUGGUCGUGCGUGUGGUUGUGCGUGUGGUCGUGCGUGUGGUCGUGUGGUUGUGCGUGUGGUCGUGCGUGUGGUCGUGCGGUCGUGCGUGUGGUUGUGCGUGUGGUCGUGCGGUCGUGCGUGUGGUUGUGCGUGUGGUUGUGCGUGUGGUCGUGUGGUCGUGCGUGUGGUCGUGUGGUUGUGCGUGUGGUUGUGCGUGUGGUCGUGUGGUCGUUGUGCGUGUGGUUGUGCGUGUGGUCGUGCGUGUGGUCGUGCGUGUGGUCGUGCGUGUGGUUGUGCGUGUGGUCGUGUGGUCGUGCGUGUGGUUGUGCGUGUGGUUGUGCGUGUGGUCGUGCGUGUGGUUGUGCGUGUGGUUGUGCGUGUGGUCGUGCGUGUGGUUGUGCGUGUGGUUGUGCGUGUGGUUGUGCGUGUGGUCGUGUGGUCGUGCGUGUGGUUGUGCGUGUGGUUGUGCGUGUGGUCGUGCGUGUGGUUGUGCGUGUGGUUGUGCGUGUGGUCGUGCGUGUGGUCGUGCGUGUGGUUGUGCGUGUGGUUGUGCGUGUGGUCGUGCGUGUGGUUGUGUGGUUGUGCGUGUGGUCGUGCGUGUGGUUGUGCGUGUGGUCGUGUGGUUGUGCGUGUGGUCGUCCGUGUGGUUGUGCGUGUGGUCGUGCGUGUGGUUGUGCGUGUGGUUGUGCGUGUGGUCGUGCGUGUGGUUGUGCGUGUGGUCGUGCGUGUGGUUGUGCGUGUGGUCGUGUGGUUGUGCGUGUGGUCGUGUGGUUGUGCGUGUGGUCGUGUGGUUGUGCGUGUGGUCGUGCGUGUGGUCGUGUGGUUGUGCGUGUGGUUGUGCGUGUGGUCGUGCGUGUGGUUGUGCGUGUGGUCGUGCGUGUGGUUGUGCGUGUGGUUGUGCGUGUGGUCGUGCGUGUGGUUGUGCGUGUGGUUGUGCGUGUGGUCGUGCGUGUGGUCGUGCGUGUGGUCGUGCGUGUGGUCGUGCGUGUGGUCGUGCGUGUGGUCGUGUGGUUGUGCGUGUGGUUGUGCGUGUGGUUGUGCGUGUGGUCGUGCGUGUGGUUGUGCGUGUGGUCGUGUGGUUGUGCGUGUGGUCGUGCGUGUGGUUGUGCGUGUGGUCGUGCGUGUGGUUGUGCGUGUGGUUGUGCGUGUGGUCGUGCGUGUGGUUGUGCGUGUGGUUGUGCGUGUGGUUGUGCGUGUGGUCGUGCGUGUGGUCGUGUGGUCGUGCGUGUGGUUGUGCGUGUGGUUGUGCGUGUGGUCGUGUGGUUGUGCGUGUGGUCGUGUGGUUGUGCGUGUGGUCGUGCGUGUGGUCGUGUGGUUGUGCGUGUGGUCGUGCGUGUGGUCGUGCGUGUGGUCGUGCGUGUGGUCGUGCGCGUCGUGCGUGCGGUCGUGCGUGUGGUUGUGCGUGUGGUUGUGCGUGUGGUCGUGUGGUCGUGCGUGUGGUUGUGCGUGUGGUCGUGCGGUCGUGCGUGUGGUUGUGCGUGUGGUUGUGUGGUCGUGCGUGUGGUUGUGCGUGUGGUUGUGCGUGUGGUCGUGUGGUCGUGCGUGUGGUCGUGUGGUUGUGCGUGUGGUUGUGCGUGUGGUCGUGCGUGUGGUCGUGUGGUCGUGCGUGUGGUCGUGUGGUUGUGCGUGUGGUCGUGCGUGUGGUCGUGUGGUUGUGCGUGUGGUUGUGUGUGUGGUCGUGCGUGUGGUUGUGCGUGCGGUCGUGUGUGUGGUCGUGCGGUUGUGCGUGUGGUCGUGUGGUGUGCGUGUGGUUGUGCGUGUGGUUGUGCGUGUGGUUGUGCGUGUGGUCGUGCGUGUGGUCGGUCGUGUGGUUGUGCGUGUGGUCGUGUGGUUGUGCGUGUGGUUGUGCGUGCGGUCGUGCGUGUGGUCGUGUGGUUGUGCGUGUGGUUGUGCGUGUGGUCGUGUGGUUGUGCGUGUGGUUGUGCGUGUGGUUGUGCGUGUGGUCGUGUGGUUGUGCGUGUGGUCGUGUGGUUGUGCGUGUGGUCGUGCGUGUGGUUGUGCGUGUGGUUGUGCGUGUGGUCGUGUGGUUGUGCGUGUGGUUGUGCGUGUGGUCGUGUGGUUGUGCGUGUGGUUGUGCGUGUGGUUGUGCGUGUGGUUGUGCGUGUGGUCGUGCGUGUGGUCGGUCGUGUGGUUGUGCGUGUGGUCGUGUGGUUGUGCGUGUGGUUGUGCGUGUGGUCGUGUGGUUGUGCGUGUGGUCGUGCGUGUGGUUGUGCGUGUGGUUGUGCGUGUGGUUGUGCGUGUGGUCGUGUGGUUGUGCGUGUGGUUGUGCGUGUGGUUGUGCGUGUGGUCGUGCGUGUGGUUGUGCGUGUGGUUGUGCGUGUGGUUGUGCGUGUGGUUGUGCGUGUGGUUGUGCGUGCGGUCGUGCGUGUGGUCGUGCGGUUGUGCGUGUGGUCGUGCGUGUGGUUGUGCGUGUGGUCGUGCGUGUGGUUGUGCGUGUGGUUGUGCGUGUGGUUGUGUGUGUGGUCGUGCGUGUGGUCGUGCGGUUGUGCGUGUGGUCGGUCGUGUGGUUGUGCGUGUGGUUGUGCGUGUGGUUGUGCGUGUGGUCGUGCGUGUGGUUGGUCGUGUGGUCGUGUGGUUGUGCGUGUGGUUGUGCGUGUGGUUGUGCGUGUGGUCGUGUGGUCGUGCGUGUGGUCGUGCGUGUGGUUGUGCGUGCGGUCGUGUGUGUGGUCGUGCGUGCGGUCGUGUGUGUGGUCGUGCGUGUGGUUGUGCGUGUGGUUGUGCGUGUGGUUGUGCGUGUGGUUGUGCGUGUGGUUGUGCGUGUGGUUGUGCGUGUGGUUGUGCGUGUGGUCGUGCGUGCGGUUGUGCGUGUGGUUGUGCGUGUGGUUGUGCGUGUGGUUGUGCGUGCGGUCGUGUGUGUGGUCGUGCGUGCGGUCGUGUGUGUGGUCGUGCGUGUGGUUGUGCGUGUGGUUGUGCGUGUGGUUGUGCGUGUGGUUGUGUGUGUGGUCGUGCGUGUGGUCGUGCGUGUGGUUGUGCGUGUGGUUGUGCGUGUGGUUGUGCGUGUGGUUGUGCGUGUGGUUGUGCGUGUGUUGUGCGUGUGGUUGUGCGUGCGGUUGUGCGGUGGGUUGUGCGUGUGGUUGUGCGUGUGGUUGUGCGUGUGGUUGUGCGUGUGGUUGUGCGUGUGGUCGUGCGUGCGGUUGUGCGUGUGGUUGUGCGUGUGGUUGUGCGUGUGGUCGUGCGUGUGGUCGUGCGUGUGGUCGUGCGUGUGGUCGUGCGUGUUGUGCGUGUGGUUGUGCGUGUGGUUGUGCGUGUGGUUGUGCGUGUGGUUGUGCGUGUGGUCGUGCGUGUGGUGUGCGUGUGGUGCGUGUGGUUGUGCGUGUGGUCGUGUGGUUGUGCGUGUGGUCGUGCGUGUGGUUGUGCGUGUGGUCGUGCGUGUGGUUGUGCGUGUGGUUGUGCGUGUGGUCGUGCGUGUGGUUGUGCGUGUGGUUGUGCGUGUGGUUGUGCGUGUGGUCGUGCGUGUGGUUGUGUGGUCGUGCGUGUGGUUGUGCGUGUGGUUGUGCGUGUGGUCGUGUGGUUGUGCGUGUGGUCGUGUGGUUGUGCGUGUGGUCGUGCGUGUGGUCGUGUGGUUGUGCGUGUGGUCGUGCGUGUGGUCGUGCGUGUGGUCGUGCGUGUGGUCGUGCGGUCGUGCGUGUGGUUGUGCGUGUGGUUGUGCGUGUGGUCGUGUGGUCGUGCGUGUGGUUGUGCGUGUGGUCGUGCGGUCGUGCGUGUGGUUGUGCGUGUGGUUGUGCGUGUGGUUGUGUGGUCGUGCGUGUGGUUGUGUGCGUGUGGUGCGUGUGGUCGUGCGUGUGGUCGUGUGGUUGUGCGUGUGGUUGUGCGUGUGGUCGUGCGUGUGGUCGUGUGGUCGUGCGUGUGGUCGUGUGGUUGUGCGUGUGGUCGUGCGUGUGGUCGUGUGGUUGUGCGUGUGGUUGUGUGUGUGGUCGUGCGGUCGUGCGUGUGGUUGUGCGUGCGGUCGUGUGUGUGGUCGUGCGGUUGUGCGUGUGUGGUCGUGUGUCGUGUGGUUGUGCGUGUGGUUGUGCGUGUGGUUGUGCGUGUGGUUGUGCGUGUGGUCGUGCGUGUGGUCGGUCGUGUGGUUGUGCGUGUGGUCGUGUGGUUGUGCGUGUGGUUGUGCGUGCGGUCGUGCGUGUGGUCGUGUGGUUGUGCGUGUGGUUGUGCGUGUGGUCGUGUGGUUGUGCGUGUGGUUGUGCGUGUGGUUGUGCGUGUGGUUGUGCGUGUGGUCGUGUGGUUGUGCGUGUGGUCGUGUGGUCGUGCGUGUGGUUGUGCGUGUGGUUGUGCGUGUGGUUGUGCGUGUGGUCGUGUGGUUGUGCGUGUGGUUGUGCGUGUGGUCGUGUGGUUGUGCGUGUGGUUGUGCGUGUGGUUGUGCGUGUGGUUGUGCGUGUGGUCGUGCGUGUGGUCGGUCGUGUGGUUGUGCGUGUGGUCGUGUGGUUGUGCGUGUGGUUGUGCGUGUGGUCGUGUGGUUGUGCGUGUGGUCGUGCGUGUGGGUGGUUGUGCGUGCGUGUGGUUGUGCGUGUGGUCGUGUGGUUGUGCGUGUGGUUGUGCGUGUGGUUGUGCGUGUGGUCGUGCGUGUGGUUGUGCGUGUGGUUGUGCGUGUGGUUGUGCGUGUGGUUGUGCGUGUGGUUGUGCGUGCGGUCGUGCGUGUGGUCGUGCGGUUGUGCGUGUGGUCGUGCGUGUGGUUGUGCGUGUGGUCGUGCGUGUGGUUGUGCGUGUGGUUGUGCGUGUGGUUGUGUGUGUGGUCGUGCGUGUGGUCGUGCGGUUGUGCGUGUGGUCGGUCGUGUGGUUGUGCGUGUGGUUGUGCGUGUGGUUGUGCGUGUGGUCGUGCGUGUGGUUGGUCGUGUGGUCGUGUGGUUGUGCGUGUGGUCGUGCGUGUGGUUGUGCGUGUGGUGUGGUGUGCGUGUGGUCGUGCGUGUGGUCGUGCGUGUGGUUGUGCGUGCGGUCGUGUGUGGUGGUCGUGCGUGCGGUCGUGUGUGUGGUCGUGCGUGUGGUUGUGCGUGUGGUUGUGCGUGUGGUUGUGCGUGUGGUUGUGCGUGUGGUUGUGCGUGUGGUUGUGCGUGUGGUUGUGCGUGCGGUUGUGCGUGUGGUUGUGCGUGUGGUUGUGCGUGUGGUUGUGCGUGCGGUCGUGUGUGUGGUUGUGCGUGCGGUCGUGUGUGUGGUCGUGCGUGUGGUUGUGCGUGUGGUUGUGCGUGUGGUUGUGCGUGUGGUUGUGUGUGUGGUCGUGCGUGUGGUUGUGCGUGUGGUUGUGCGUGUGGUUGUGCGUGUGGUUGUGCGUGUGGUUGUGCGUGUGGUUGUGCGUGUGGUUGUGCGUGUGGUUGUGCGUGUGGUCGUGCGUGCGGUUGUGCGUGUGGUUGUGCGUGUGGUUGUGCGUGUGGUUGUGCGUGUGGUUGUGCGUGUGGUCGUGCGUGCGGUUGUGCGUGUGGUUGUGCGUGUGGUUGUGCGUGUGGUGGGUAACUUGCUGCUACGUUAA